AUAAUUUUUAUACGUGUAUAUUUUAAUUUGUGUAACCAGUUUGUAUUGAAUUUGAGCCUUUUUUUUUUUAGAUGCAUGCAUUAUUUGUGAAUUGAAACAUACUCUUAAUUUGUCAACAAGUAUCUUUGUGGAGGCCACCGUGUUGAGUGGUCAGAUCACUCGCCUCCCACCAAGGUGAUCCGGGUUAGAUUUGCGGUGAAUUUAAAAUAAGUAUUUUUUGCAAGUGGAAACAUGGCAGACGUUGUUGUAAGCUGUUGGGUUUUUCAACACGAUUAUAACACGUCAUUGUUCAUUAAAGAUAAGUCAGAUCCGAAUCCCAGAUUCUAUUCUGAAAUACCAAUACAAUGGCAACAAAAACACUAUAAAACUCCCAAACUGGAUCACAUUGGUGAAUGCAAAAAGGGCACAUGUGCAGACAGUUCUUAAAAUAACAAACAAACCCAGGAGCGAGACGUACGAUCAUCGGUUUAUAUUUAUUCCUCAGCUGCCGUGACGGGCUAGUGAUUGAAGUAAUUUUUUGAACAAUGGACACUGAUAAUGAAGUGCUGAUGCCUACCAGUUUUUUGUCACCUUGCGUGAUGACAUUUUUGACAGAUGGAGGAAGUUUUGAUAACAGCAGUAAUACAUGUACUUCUCAUUAUGUUAACAAAUGUGGUACAUUUAACUGGGUAGAGAUCCGAGGUUUGUUUGGAAACAUUGAAGAUGACUUCGACAUCCAUAUUCAGGACCAUGAAUGGUUUGUCACAACUGUCAGAAAGUUAAUGCCAUUGUUCAUGGAAACGGUUCAUUUACUGGAAGGAGGCGAACCAGACACUUUGAAACAAUUGUGGAACUUAUGUUCCUGGACAGGCAAGCAAGAUGAAAUCAAGCAACAGUAUCAGCAUCUAUUCCCUCAACAAGAAGCAACUAGUGUGUUAGAAAUGGUCUUGCUGAUCACGGCUGUACUUGAGCAUUCUUUGGGGAAAAUUUUCUUGCUGAAAGGGAGUAACAUUCCUUUUCUGUUACGUGAUUUGCUUUCCUCUCAAGAAUUGAAGUCAACACUUGGUGUUGUUCCGGUUGUGUUCAUGCAGAUCCUGUUUGGAACGCCGCAGGGUCUGAACCUUCGCAACCUGGUGUGGCAUGGCUUCCCGAGCACAGGGGAGCUGGGACGCCACUUUGCGACGGUUUUGGUCGUGCUCACGGCAUCCUUGGGGGAGGCACUGCAGAGAGAAGGUAUCUGCAUAUUGAGUCUGCCGCUGAGGUCGCAGGUGGAAAAUCUCCAUCAGCUGGCUUCUGCCGUGGAUGGGUGGUUUCCUGACCUGUCCGUCUAUCACAAGGAAGCCAAGAAUAUGUUUAGGAACUGUCGUUUCAUAGCACCAGUUCAUAAAGAAACCUGGGAUAUUAUACUGCAGCAUUUUACUGAAUCAAGGAAUGGUGCGAGCCUAGCUCUGUUGCUCCCUCACAUGGAGCAGUUAUUGAGGUGUGUUUUCUGCUGGACAAACAGUUGCUCACAACGACUGCUCACCGCACAAACCUCAGAGUUUUACACAACGUUUGAUGAAAUCCUUGCAGAAACUAUACCACGUGAAGACAAACACCAAACCAAUGCCAUCAGACAAGUGUUGGGAGAUUGUGUGAUUGAGAUGUUACUGGAUAUGUUCACACUUCAGGCUGGGCCAAGAAUACGAGACAAACUAAGCCAUGGUGAAUGUGAGUUUAAACAAUUGCCAAAAUGUUUGGUUAAUCACAUCAUCUGUGUGUCAUUAGCAGUCGUUUGUAAGUUGGAUAAAUUGCCUGACGAAACAUCAAGUGCCAAACAAGUGGAACUGAGGGAAAAAAUUGUAAAGGCAAGUGCAUUGUAUGUUUCUAAAUUCCAUCCCGUUUCUCUCCUAAAGAGGACCAUUACCGAUAACCUCAACGUGUUGGAAGCUUGGAGGACCAUACCACAACCUGAUCCAAAGGAAGUUACAUACCUCCAGUGGGAUGAGUUUUUAAAAAGCAGUGAUUCCUUUCUAGACUUAAGGAGUUGUUUGUUUAACAGAAUAUCAUGUAGAGACAUUAAAGACAUCUCUCUUUGUGAUAUUCUGCAUGAUUUUGUGCAAGACAUCAAGGUUGAAACUGUUUACCGACCCAAAAGUGAAACUACCUUUAUUUCUUUGUUGAGAAGGAUAGGUGAUAAUCUGACUGUAUUGUGCAGCCAAGUUUGUUUUCUACUACAAGAAAAAUACUGUAAUUUCAACAUGCACAAAUUGAGAUCCAGGCAAAGAAAAACAUACCAACUGAUUUUAAACACAUGUCCUAGUUUGUAUGUGGCUGUCCAGUGUGUGAUAAUGUUAUUGGUACUACAGUUACUUAAAGUAAACACAAUAGAGACACUGAGUAUGUCACAAUAUUCUACAUUAUCAAGGUUCAUGAAAGAGAUGUUGAAGUAUGCUGAAAACCUGGUUUCAUGUACAAGUUUAGAGAAAAAUCGGUGGGAUGUAGUGCAAAUGCUUACAACUUAUUUUAAAGAAAGUGUGUGCCAUGCUUUAGAAAGUAAAGUUUUGUGAAUGAAUUUGAAAAUACCAUUCAAAAAUAUAUUUUUAUUUUUGUGUUACAAACUUAUAUUUCCUAGUUUAUUUCGAGAUAUGGUGAAGCAACUUGCCACCAUUGCUGCUUUGUAUUUUUUUUUCAACCCUUCAUAAAUAUUUUUGUUAACUGUUCAUUGUAAACAUUAUUUGAAGAUUUCAUAAUUAACUUUACUAUGUUAGUUAAAAAGUAUUUAUUCCAUAUUUUUUAAGGUUUCCUAUUUGUGAAAUAUAAUUUUUUAAUGAAUAAAACUUUAUGCAAAAAUGCAUAUUAUAAUUUCCUUUUAUGUAAACCUUCAUUCAUCACAUCAUUUCUUGCAUAAAGCAAAUUUUAAUUUUUUUUUGCUGUUUUUAGAAGUUAUAGAUAAUACAAUUGAUUGUAAUACUUAUUAUAUGUCAUGAAUAAUUAAGUAAUGUGAUGUUCUCUAGUUUAAAUAUUACAUGAUUGUGAUGACUAAAUUUUUUUAAAUACAGCAUGUGUCUUGGCAAAGUGAGUACCUACUGUACUAAAAAUAAAUGCUACUUAUUCACACGAAACAUACAAUAGGCUAUAUUUAUGCCUUGUAACUAUUAGCAAAUGAUGAGUAGUUUCAAUCUGCACUUACAGACCAACUUAACCUUAUUUAUAUAUUGUGUUUAGAAUAAUUUUGAGUAUAAAGGAUCGAUAAAAACCUUAUUAAACGGGAAUAUAUUAAUGGACUUGUUUGAUAGAAUUAUUUCCAGUAUAAAAUGAAAGUAGACAAGACUAAAUAACACAGUACAUACGACAGGCACAUCAUACCUACAGCAGCUUACGAAACACUACUUUCAAUCUAUGCUCGCUCUUCCAAGCAAAGUGUUGUGCCUGUGACAAGCAAGAUGAGAAUCAUGCUUGACCUGCUGGGGAAGUGUCAUAAUAAUCAGCAACAAGCCAAACCCAGUAAUGUGACAGUCAUUGGCUGUGAAGUCUGACCACUUUCUUCCCACUGAUGUGAUCAAAGUUUGAAUCCUAGUACAGUCAAAUUAUGCUCAAUUUUUAACUAAUUUUUUUACAACUAUAUAGUGUCUCUUAUGACAUAAUGACAUUUUAAUAAAACAGUGGAUCUUAAAACAAUCUGACAUACAAAUGCAAGUUGUUCAGUUAAGCUACAACAUAUUGAUAU